CCGUCGCGCACAGCGUCCACACCCUUUUUGCGGUCUUUUUUUCCUGGCUUUGGCUUUCGUUUACAGAUCUGCUCAACAUGGCCUCGAACCCGGCUAUUCAGAAUCUUGUCGUCUCCUUGGUCGUAAUGCAAUUGGCACGGAAAGUGCCCUUUGAAGACCCGCAGAUACUGACAUACGUGCGGAUUGGAUACGUCGUCAGUCAGGCGAUCAUCCUCGGGACGUACUAUUACACGUCGAUGAAGAUCAAGUCGAAAAAUGAUCAGACCGUCCUGAAAUAUGUGGAGCCACCAAGUCCAAUGGCCCAAGGCAGUGGGGAACUGAAGACUACGACUGUGCGCGACUAUGAUUUGGGACAAACCAGCCAAGCUCUGCGCGGCGCUCUCUUCUCCGUCGCUAUGAUGUGCUUCCUGCACCUGUACCUCAAAUACACUCAACCCCUGUUUAUCCAGGCCAUUAUGGGUAUCAAGAACCUGUACGACGCCAAGGUCGUGCAGAUCCACGUCCUCGGCAAGCCGGCUGAAGGUGACUUGAAGCGGCCCUUCAAAGCUGCUGGUGGGAUGUUCGGUGCCGGAGAGCCUGCUACGGAUAAUGCGUCCAUUGCGGAGGCCGAAAAGAAAGUCAACACGAAGAAGGACGAAUGAGCAUGUCGUCAACGUUUUGAUCUAUCGGAUUUUCCUUUGUAGAGAUAUCACCUGUAUAGGGCACAAAAAUGCUAGACUCUGUCUCCGGUCUACCCGCGUCGAGGACGUGGGUUUCGGAGGUCCAUGUCC